GCGCCGCGGCGAAGGCCUCUCCCGCUAGCUGAGUGUACAACAAGGGGGCGGCCGGGUCCGCGGCCCUGCGGCCACUAUGAAGCUAACGCGAAAAAUGGUCCUGUCCCGAACCAAAGCUUCGGAGCUGCACAGCGUGCGGAAGCUCAACUGCUGGGGCAGCCAGCUCACAGAUAUUUCCAUAUGCCGCGAGAUGCCCAGCCUGGAAGUGAUCACACUCAGUGUCAACAGUGUCUCCACCCUGGAACCUGUACGUGGCUGCCGACGCCUGAGCGAGCUGUACCUGAGGAGGAACCGUAUCCCCAGUCUGGAUGAGCUGUUCUACCUGAAGGAUCUACCACACCUCAGGGUGCUGUGGCUGGCCGAGAACCCGUGCUGCGGCACCAGCCCGCACCUCUACCGCAUGACUGUGCUGCGCAACCUGCCCCACCUGCAGAAGCUAGACAACCAAGCGGUGACCGAGGAAGAGCUGACUCGCGCACUGAUGGAGGGAGAUGAGAUCACUGCUGCCCCAGACAGAGAGGGUGCAGGCAAUGGCUGUCCCAAGCCCUCCUACACCCUCAGCUCUGUCAGCUCGACAACUGAGACCAGCCCCGGCCUGCUGAGCUACACAGAGGAAACAGACAGAGCCCCAGGCCAGACUGCUGGAGACCAUCCUCCUUCCUUCUCACAGAGGGAUGCCUUGAGGAGUCACAAAAGUAGGAACAUCCUGACUGCCAUCUUGCUGCUGCUGCGGGAGCUGGACACAGAGGGGCUAGAGGCCGUCCAGCAGACUGUGGGCAGCCGGCUACAGGCGCUGCACAGGCUGGAGCCCCAGAAGGACAUGGAGUGACUGCAUAUGCCCCAGUACCUGGACCCUAUAUCCUGUGGAAACACAGCUCAACCUGAAAAGCCUCCCUCUGGGCUCCCAACACCAGACCCAGGGAGGAACAGGGACUGCCAGCUGAGCAGACCCCUCUCCUGUGCCUAGGGCUGGCAGAGGUGCUGCCCAUCAACAUGGUCCCAUACAUACAGCUGAGACCUUGAGGAUCUGGGCACUGCCUGACCCUUCCUCAAGGGGGACUGUACGAGCCAUACCCUCCAAUAAAGCACUUUGUUUGGGCUGGAA